AUGGCUAGUACUAUGUUAGCUCAAGUAAUAGUAGAUUUUUUUAAACACAAAGUCGUCAGCAGCAUUAUAAUACUGGCAUGUUGGCCUCCCUUAGAUCAAAUAAAGUUCACUCGGGAACUAUCACAGUUUGGGAUGAGCAGUACGUUCUCCUGCGACCCAUCAAUUCUUGACCAUAUACGCCACCACUACUUACAAGGAGUUAUCUACAUGACACACGAACAUGAUGACAUGCCGAUAUUUAAAAAGAUAAAACCGAUACAUUUUAUGAUGAAGUACAAAUGGCUGAUUGUUGGCGAUCACGUUCCUGAUGUGUUGCGUAAGAUUCGAUAUGAUUCUGACGUGGCCUUCCUCGAAUGCAAUUCUGUAAUGAGUAAUGGAACAAGAGAUAUUACAGCUGUUACGUCAGAAGCAGCAACAUCAAUACAUAUCUACGAUGCAUACGUGCACCCUCGAGAUGGAGUUGCCAUUAACGUAUGGGCUCACUGGACUAACAAAUCAGGUUUUGUGCUGACCCAUGACCGAGAGAGAAUACUUAGGAGACUGGAUUUAAAGAGACAUCCCUUGAGAAUUGCAACUCCUGUAGGACAUUAUAGUAGCGAUAAGUACGAUGGAACUUUCGUUGACUUUUUGGAAGACGAGUCUAUCUCUGACCAGGACCCUGGGAUUCGUAGUGGUUACGGCACAUCUAUGCUUCUCACUGAAGUAGUUAAUGCUCAAGAUGUCUUAAUAGAAAACGAGCUAUGGGCGGCCAUGAUCAACAACAACAGUAUGUACGUAAUGCUAUCCAUGGGAGAAGCUGAUCUCUCUGGAGGCAUACUACGGAUCCUUUGGGACAGGACCUUUACACUAGACUAUGUUAUGCCAAUUUGGCCUUUCAGGGUAGGGUUCACGUACUUAGCUGAGCGUGAAAGCAGUAGCAACAUGUACUUGGAGCCAUUCUCUCCAGCAGUCUGGUGGUCCUGUCUCGCUAUGAUGGCUAUUCUCGCACUAGUUGAGAGGGUCACGUCAAAAACGCCGAAGGAGAAAGAUGGUGCCUUCUAUACUGUGCUUACUACGUGGUUGCAGCAAGAUGCCAGUGCGGUUCCAGAAGGUGCUUCAGGUCGAUGGGCAUUCACAGUCCUGUCCGUGAGCGCUAUGUUGGUCCAUGCAUACUACACCUCGGCCAUAGUUUCCGCUCUCAUGAGUACUGGCCGUGGUGGACCUGACUCUCUCAGAGCACUUGGAGACUCGAAGUACGCGAUAGCUUCGGAGGACUACGAUUAUAUGCGAUAUUUGUUCUUUGAUGUGGAAACAACAUGGGACGACUUAGAAUACUUGAAGAAGAAGAAAAUGACAUCAAAGUUCUACCAGGAGUUAGAACGUGGUGUGGAACUAAUACAACAAGGUAGUACUGCCUUCCACAGCGAAUACAAUCAGAUCUAUCCGCACUUCAAAACCUUCAGUGAUGAACAUAUCUGCAAACUGCAGCAUGUUGACACUAUUCCUGAGACAUUAACCUGGAUAACAUCAACGAAAGAUGGUCAGUGGACUGAAGUCUUACGAACAGCUGGAGGUUGGUUACUGGAGACAGGACUAGGGAAGCGUCUGGUAGCGAGAUUGAGGGUACCUCAACCUCCUUGCCGAGCAUCCCUCCUUGCUGAGAGGGUCAAACUAGGUGACAUAGCAUCCUUACUGGUCCUUACUGUAUUUGGUGCUUUGCUCUCAGUUUUCUUACUUGGACUAGAGAUUCUAGUCGCUAAGGCUAAAAAGGCUAGCCUACCCGAAGGUGAAGCAAAAGUAAUCUUAGAAAAUGUUGACGAUAACCUCGAUACUAUUGAAAACUGUAUAUAUAUAGAGUAG